UAUGACAUUGACAUUUCCUUGUUAAUGAUAACAGCGCUAUAGCGCCUCGAACGUUAAUUUAUAAUUGUCUGAACAACAGCGCUUUUUACUUUAUAAAUGUUCAUGAAGUGGCGAUAACGCAUAUCGCGUGUUCUUCGUUCUUCGAUAUCACUUAUUUUAGAUCAUAAGUGUAAGGAUGGCGGGAGUUGCAAUGCGAGGAUGUGCCCGCUCGACUGAUACUGAAUUAACCCAAACACAAGAACAUUUUGAAAAUGAGAAGAAAAUAUUGAAUGGAAAGAUCAAUUAUCAGAAAAACGGUUAUCAAAAAACAGCAAAUAUAAAUAAUGAAACUACUAAGAUGGGCGGGAACUACGCGGGGCUGCCGCCCAUGGACUGGGCGCAGUACGACACCUUCCCCGGCUCCUUCGAGAAGUGCUCGCUGGUGACGGCGGCGCUCACGCACCUCGGUCUCUACCUUCUCAUGCUGCUCGGCUUCGUCAACCAGCUGCUCUUCCGGCCCAAGGUUGCCACCGAGCGCAAUCGCGAGGGCUACGCGCCGCUCUACAACCCCUUCGAGCAGUUCUUCUCGCGGUACGUGUACCGGCGCGUGCGGCACUGCUUCAACCGACCCAUCUGCUCCGCGCCCGGCGCCGAGCUCACACUCAAGGAGCGCCACACCGACGACUACAACUGGUCCUUCCGGUUCACGGGCAAGGAGCGGCGCUGCAUUAACCUCGGAUCCUACAACUACUUGGGGUUCGCGGAGCCGACUGGCCCGUGCGCGGACGCGGCGGCCGAGGCCACGCGCCGCUACGGGCUGGCGCUGGCCUCCUCGCGCGCCGAGCUCGGCUCCUGUCCGCUGCACGUCGAGCUCGAGGAGGCCACCGCGCGCUUCCUCGGCGUCGAGGCGGCGCUGGUGUGCGGCAUGGGGUUCGCGACGAACGCGCUGGGGCUGCCGGGGCUGCUGGGGCCGGGCGCGCUGGUGCUCAGCGACGAGAACAACCACGCCUCGCUGAUCCUCGGGCUGCGGCUGUCGCGCGUCACCGUGCGCGUCUUCCGCCACAACGACCUGCGCCAUCUGGAGCGCCUCGCGCGUGAAGCCAUCGCCGAGCGCCGCUGGACCAAGAUCGUGAUUGUGGUGGAGGGCGUGUACAGCAUGGAGGGGUCCAUAGUGCCGCUGCAGGCUGUGAUCGCGCUGAAGAAGCGGCUGGGGCUGCAGGUGUACCUGGACGAGGCGCACUCUGUGGGCGCGCUGGGGGCGCACGCGCGCGGCGUCACCGACCACUGCGGCGUGCUCCCCGCCGACGUCGACGUGCUCAUGGGCACCUUCACCAAGAGCUUCGGCGCCGCCGGCGGAUACAUCGCCGGUUCGGCGAAACUAAUAAAAUGGUUGCGGACACACGGACACAUGCACGCGUACGCGCACGCCAUGUCUCCGCCCGUCUGCAUGCAGAUCCUGUCCGCCAUGCGCGCGCUGCGCACUCCCGCCGGACUGCGCCGCGUGCGCACUCUGCGCGACAAUACGCACUACUUCCGCGAAAGACUGCGGGCCCUGGGCGUGGUGACAUACGGGCACGCGGACUCCCCGGUGGUGCCGAUGUUGGUGUACACGUUCAGCAAGAUGGCGGCGGUGGUGGAGCGGCUGACGGCGCGCGGCCUCGCCACUGUCGGUGUCGGCUUCCCCGCCACCCCCCUCAACAAGGCCCGCAUCAGGUUCUGUUUGUCUGCGGCGCAUUCCCGCGACCAGCUGGAGCGAUGUCUCGUCGCCAUCGAGGAGGUCGUCGACGAGCUCGGGCUGCGCUACUCGCGUCUCCGCUAGCGCGAUACUCACGUCGCCGACACAUUCCUCACUACAUCUCACUUGCUGUUGCUGCAGUUUGAAUUACUUCUUCAACUCGAUCACAGUUGAAGAACACAACAUGAUGCAUCUUACGCAUGACAAUUAAAUCAAUAUUAGAAACAAUUUUUUUUAUUAUUUACACGUUUUAAUAAACAUAAGUUUUCUAAUUUAUAUGUUUAUCGCCCCUAGUUAAGUAGUCGCUAGACUUCCUUACUAUUUGUUAUGUUUUGUUUUGUUGUAAGUAGUAGAGAGUCUCCUCUAUUUGUGGCGAGAGUCUCCGCGUCUUCAGCUGCAUUACUUUGUUCAAUAAAUUAUUUUCAUACAACUUGGCGAUGUUUU